AGCGAAAGGGGAUUGAUUGAUCGACCGAUCCGCCCGCGCGCCCGCCGCCGAUCUCCCAAUCCGGCGCCAUGUUCAACAAGAUCAUCAAGCGCGGGGCGCGCAAGGGGGCGCGCGGCCACGACGCGGCGGCGGCCGAGCCCCGCGGCGCGGCCCCGUCCUCCUCCGGCGGGGCGGCGCCCGUCACCGUCAACCACGCCUCCCGCGCCUCCGCCUCGCCCGUGCCGCCCUCGCCCACCUCGCCGCACGCCGCCGCCGCCGCCGCCGCCUCCUCCCCCGCCCCCGCCGCGCAGCAGCCGUCGCUCCUCGAGCCGCUCCCGCUCCUCCGCGACGUGCCCGCGGGCGACCGCCCGGGGCUGCUCCUCCGCAAGCUGCGCCUCGUCGCCGCGCUCUUCGACUUCUCCGACUCCCUCAAGCACCCCCGCGAGAAGGAGGCCAAGCGCCAGGCGCUGCUCGAGCUCGUCGACUACGUGCAGGCCCCCGCCCCCGCCGCCAACGCCAACGCGCCCGCGCGCCUCCCCGACGCCGUGCAGGAGGCCCUCGUCGCCGCCAUCUCCGCCAACAUAUUCCGGCCCCUGCCCCCCGCGCUGUACGAGUCCGCCGCCAACAUCGACCCCAAUGCCACCCCGGACGACGAGGAGGAGCCCUACCUCGACCCCGCCUGGCCGCACCUCCAGCUCGUCUACGAGCUCCUGCUCCGCUACGUCGUGUCCCCUGACACCGACACCAAGGUCGCCAAGCGGUACGUCGACCAUGCCUUUGUGCUCCGCCUCCUCGACCAUUUCGACUCCGAGGACCCCCGCGAGCGCGAGUACCUCAAGACCGUGCUCCACCGCAUCUAUGGCAAGUUCAUGGUCCACCGCCCGUUCAUCCGCAAGGCCAUCAAUAAUGUGUUCUACCGCUUCAUCUUUGAGACCGAGCGCCACAAUGGCAUUGGCGAGCUGCUUGAGAUUCUCGGCAGCAUAAUUAAUGGCUUUGCCCUGCCUAUGAAGGAGGAGCACAAGCUGUUCCUCAGCCGUGCGCUCAUCCCGCUGCACAAGCCCAAGUCUGUCGGAAUCUACCACCAGCAGCUGUCCUAUUGCAUUGUCCAGUUUGUCGAGAAGGACUACAAACUUGCCGAUGCGGUCAUCAGGGGUCUGCUCAAGUACUGGCCAGUCAUAAAUUGCCAGAAGGAGGUGUUGUUUUUGGGGGAGCUCGAGGAAGUGCUCGAGGCCACACAGCCUGCUGAGUUCCAGCGGUGCAUGGUGCCGCUGUUUAAGCAGAUAGGGCGCUGCCUUAACAGUGCCCAUUUCCAGGUUGCUGAGCGGGCUUUGUUCUUAUGGAACAAUGAUCACAUUGUAAGCCUGAUUGCCCAAAAUCGCGGUGUUAUAUUUCCAAUAAUAUUUGAAGCACUUGAGAGGAACAUACAGAGCCACUGGAAUCAAGCUGUUCAUGGCCUGACCGCAAAUGUGCGCAAGAUGUUUUUGGACAUGGAUAGUGAUCUAUUUGAUGAGUGCCACCAGCAGUACAUUGAGAAAGAGGAAAAAGCCAAAGAAUUGGAGGAGCAACGGGAAUCGGCAUGGAGACAAUUGGAAGCUGUUGCUGCCAAGGCUUCUGGGGAUGACAUGGUUUUGGUCAAAUAGAAGACGUUUAUGCUUGCUCAGAUGGUCGGUGCGCGCACAAUCUCGCAAGCAUCCACGCGCACCCGUCAACUCACCACCAAUGUCGGUUGCGGCGCCGGUGCUGGUGCGUUCAUCUUAUCUUUGAUGGCUUGGAUUGGAAUUUCAAGGUCAGUGUUCCUUGGGUGAAAGCUCCCAGUGGUCGUCGCUAGGUCGAAACAUGAUGGUGGUAGCAGCAGAGGCCAAUUCUUCCAAUCUAUGCGCAAUGAGGUCCUGCGAUGGUACCACAGUCCUCUUGCUUUGUUCAACUCCUUCCUCUCUUCUGUUAUGAUUAUGAAUGAAUAAUUGGACCUCUGUAUUAAUCCUUCAUUGUUUGCCCUACCUAGUUGGCUACCCGCAAUUGGGCUAGUACAAGUAGAAAACCAGUGAGCUAGAUGCAAUUUCUCUUUUCUUUUCUUUUUCUACCUUUUUCCUUGUUCUGGGACAUUUCAAUUCAUCUUGUUGUAUGAGUAACGUCGAGAACGGAGAUAAGAUAAAAAAAACCCGCUUUAAUUUA